AUGGCGUCGCAGAAGCUGGAGGAGACGCUGGUGUGUUCCAUCUGCCUGGAGCUGUUCAGGGUGCCUGUCACCUUGCCCUGUGGGCACAACUUCUGCAAGCGUUGCAUCAACGACCAUUGGCACAAGCAAGAGCAGGUGCCCACUGAGGCCAAGAAGGGCUACGUGUGCCCCGAGUGCCGCAGGGGCUUCGAGCGGCGCCCGCAGCUGGAGAAGAACGUCACCCUGUGCAGCGUGGUGGAGCUGGCACGGGAGGGUGAGGUGCGGGUCCCAGGCAGCGAGAGGGGCGAGGUGGCCUGUGGUGAGCUUUGCCCGCAGCACGGGCGCCUGCUGGAGCUCUACUGCGAGGACGAGCGGCGAUGCAUCUGCUGCGUCUGCACCAUCCGGCAGUGCCAGUGGCACCGGAGGGUGCUCUUCGAGGAGGAGCGCUCUAAAAAGGAGGCACUUCUGAAGGAGUCCCUGGAAAAAGCCGAGGAGGAAUCGGAGAGGAUCGAGCGGGCGAUACAGGAGCUGGAGGAGCAAACACGCAGCAUCAAGGACUCCUCCGAGGGGCUCAAAUCAGUGAUUCUGAGCAAAUUCACCCUCCUGCGGGAAGCCCUGGAGGAUUUCCAGUGGCGGACGGUGGCCAGGAUUGAGCAAGAGCAGUUGGCAGCGCUGGAGCGCGUAGGGGAGGACUGGAGCCUCCUGAAGGACCGGCUGGAUGUGCUGGGCCAGCACAGGGAGAGGGCUCAGCGCCUGCUCACCUGCACUGACCACAGGACCUUCCUCCAGGAGUUCCCCCUGCUCCCCUCUCCAGAGAGCCCAGAGGUGCUGCUCCCUGGGGAGUUUGAUGUGGCCGGUGUGAUGAAGCCCAUCACUGAGAUCCUCACCAACAUCUCCAGGCUCCUGCUGGAGAACCCGCCCGGCUCUGUGGCUCCCAAAGCCCCUGAUCCCAUUGGACAAGGUCCGGUGCAUCCCCAGGAGACGGUGAUGAAGGUGGUGGCCCCUCUCCCCGAGUGUGAGCUCCGAGCUGAGCUUCUGAAGGACCACCGCAACCUGACCUUCGAUCCCGAGACGGCCAACAAGUACCUGGAGCUGUUGAAAGGUAACCGGAAAGCCAAGCACGGUACUGGCACCGUCUGUGGGCAGCAGGACGGGGGCCCCCGCUUCGAGCCCUGGCAGGUGCUGUGCACGCAUUUCCACUACUGGGAGGUGAAGAUCUCCAGCCACUCCGUCAUCCUGGGGGUGACCUACCGCAGCCUCCCCCGGCAGCGGCAGCAGGGCCACAAGUUCACCAUCGGGCUGGAUGGGGGCUCGUGGGGGCUGCAGGUGCGGGAGGAUUGCUACCUGGGCUGGCACCAGGGCCGGGCAGAGAAAAUCCAGGAGCGGCUGUAUAAGAACCUGGGGGUCAGCCUGGAUUACGGCAAGGGGCUCCUC